CCUCAGCCCCGGACCCACCCGAAGCAGCAUCAUAUUCGCCGCUCUCCCGUCACGCCUCCUCCCCGCUCGGCAGCGCCUCAGCCUCGGCUAGAGACAUUAAUCAUCACUCGCCCCAUAUCUGCGCGUGAUACCUCCAUGAGGUUUGGAAGAAGAGUACGUUGACUGCAUUUCCUCAAUGAAGACCUUUGUUCCCCAUCAUCCGGCGCAGCUCCCCUCUCCAUCUGCCAUGGUGACAUGACGCACCCCUGAGUGGCUUCGCUCCUUUCUCCCACACACACAGACAAUCUCUUGGGCUUGUCAAACACCAAAGCUCGUGCAGACACUCUCAAGCCCCCAGCAAACAAAAAAAGACAUCUCCUCCUGCUACGCACAACACCUCCCCGGCUUGCAAUGACGGUGGCGGUGCGAUUCCGUCGCCACUUACGUAGGCUCCUGCUCCUGCUGGCCUCCUGCUGUCUCCUCUCCCUCCUUCUCUCUGCAUACUUCCUCUUUACCAACUCCUCCCCUUCCAUGCAGCUUGGACAAUCUCCUGAACCUGCCUGCUCCCAGCCGCUCUCCAUGUCUCCGUACCGCCAACUCCCAUACCCGUACCCACCGAACCCCCCUCACACACAUGUCCACACUGAUCCAGUGGUGCUGGUGCUGGUGGAGUCCCAAUACUCGCAGCUGGGUCAGGACAUUGUGGCUAUAUUGGAGUCAGCACACUUCCAGUUCCGCAUGGAGAUUGCCUCAGGGAAGGGCGACCUUCCACCGCUGACAGAAAAGGGCCGUGGACGAUACUCUCUAAUCAUUUAUGAGAAUCUGUUAAAGUAUGCACAUGCAGACACAUGGAACAGACAGCUGUUGCAUCAAUACUGUACUGAGUACAGAGUGGGCAUCAUAGGUUUCUACCGCUCCACCGAGAACUCCCCACCUCUUCUCAAACUCAGAGGCCUCCCGCUGGUGUUAAGGACCAACCAGGCCCUUUGGGACUGCUGCGUGGUAUCUAGCUCUCCCCUUCUCCACCUUACCAAGCCCGGCACAGAUCGAGGGGCUUUACCUGGGGAGGACUGGACCUCCUUCUCCUCCAAUCACUCCACGUACCAGGCUGUGCUGCAUGCACGGGCCAAGGAUGGAGCAGGGGCAGGUAGUGGUGAUAAUCCAGGGCCUGGCUUCAGUUCAGGCCUCCAAGCCACUGUGGUACAGGAUAUGGGACUGUACGAUGGAGUGAGGAGGGUACUGUUUGGCCAGGGGCUGGGCUACUGGCUCCACAGACUCAUCCUGGUGGAUGCCAUAUCCUACCUCACGGACAGGAAGCUUACGUUGGGCCUGGACCGGCACAUACUGGUGGAUAUAGAUGACAUUUUCGUCGGGAAGGAAGGGACACGCAUGAAUGCCAAGGAUGUGAAGGCUCUCCUUGACAUUCAGAAACAACUGCGUUCUCAGAUCUCCAACUUUACCUUCAAUCUUGGCUUCUCUGGGAAGUUUUAUCACACAGGCACAGCAGAGGAGGAUGAGGGAGACGACUUACUGUUGAAGUAUGUGGAUGAGUUCUGGUGGUUCCCCCACAUGUGGAGCCACAUGCAGCCUCACCUCUUCCACAACGAGUCCUCGCUGCUGGAGCAGAUGGUCCUCAACAAGGAGUUCGCUCUGGUAGACAACAUCCCAGUGGACAUGGGUUACGCUGUGGCCCCUCACCACUCAGGUGUAUACCCGGUGCACUUGCAGCUGUAUGAGGCAUGGAGACGUGUGUGGAACAUCCGGGUAACCAGCACCGAAGAGUACCCCCACCUCAAGCCUGCUCGCUAUCGCAAGGGCUUCAUCCACAGCAACAUCAUGGUGCUGCCUCGCCAGACAUGCGGCUUGUUUACUCACACCAUCUACUAUAAGGAAUACCCUGGUGGACCUAAGGAACUGGACAAAAGCAUCCAUGGGGGAGAACUAUUUCUCACCGUGCUGCUCAACCCAAUCAGUAUAUUCAUGACCCACCUGUCUAACUACGGCAAUGAUCGACUAGGUCUGUACACGUUCGUCCACCUGGCCUCUUUUCUUCGCUCGUGGACAAACCUGAGACUCCACACACUCCCUCCCCUGCAGCUCGCACACAAGUACUUCCAGCUUUUCCCUGAACAAAGGAACCCUCUCUGGCAGAACCCAUGUGAUGACAAACGACAUAAAGACAUCUGGUCUAAAGAGAAAACCUGUGACAGGUUACCCAAGUUCAUGGUCAUAGGACCACAGAAAACAGGAACGACAGCACUUUAUCUUUUCCUACUCAUGCAUCCCUCCAUCUCCAGUAACUUCCCCAGUCCAAAGACUUAUGAGGAGGUCCAGUUCUUCAACACCAACAACUACCACAAAGGAAUUGACUGGUACAUGGAGUUUUUCCCUGUGCCCUCUAAUGUUAGCACGGACUUCCUGUUUGAGAAGAGCGCUAACUAUUUCCCCUCAGAGGAGUCCCCGAGGCGAGCUGCUGCCCUGCUGCCCAAGGCCAAGAUCAUCACCCUGCUCAUCAACCCCUCUGACAGGGCCUACAGCUGGUAUCAGCAUCAAAGAGCUCAUGAGGACCACGCUGCCCUGCGGUUCACCUUUUAUGAUGUCAUCAGUGCAAAACCGGGAGCACCAGCCGAGCUGCGCUCCCUACAGAGCCGCUGUCUCAUCCCCGGUCUCUAUUCCACACACCUAGAGAGAUGGCUCACCUACUACCCUGCUAACCAGGUGAUGAUCAUAGAUGGCCAUCAGCUGAGAACUGACCCUGCAGCAGUGAUGGAUGAAGUGCAGAAGUUCCUGGGCGUCACUCCUCAUUUCAACUACUCCCAGGCCCUGACGUUUGACCCUCAGAAGGGCUUUUGGUGCCAGCUCCUUGAGGGAGGAAAGACAAAAUGUUUGGGAAAGAGCAAAGGGAGGAAGUACCCUCCUAUGGAGCCAGAGGCACGUGCAUAUCUCUCCAGGUACUAUAGGGAGCACAACGUGGAGCUGUCAAAGCUGCUGCAUCGCCUCGGACAGCCCCUUCCCUCCUGGCUAAGAGAGGAGCUGCAGAAGAUAACCUUUGCAUCCAUGAGCCAGGGUUAAAGGUCAAGGGGUCAAAGACCAGGAAGCGACCGGGAGCACCUGACCUUCAGAUGCACUGUCUGUGGCCUUUUAGUAAACCCUGAGGUGAAGGCGAGGACAGGGUGCCUUGUUUCUCCUAAGGACUGUGACACUGCUGAAGGGAGCAGAAGUCAUGAAGUGCUUAGAAGCUCUGUGGGCUGAAACUGAACUCAUGGAUGGAUGGAUGCAUGCAUGAAUGAAUGAAUGAAUGAAUGAAUGAAUGGAUGGAUGGAUGGACGGACGGACGGACGGAUGGACGGACGGAUGGACGGACAGACAGUUUCAGGGGACUCAGACAGCUCAGAGGAAAGUGGGACUAAAAAGGAAAAUCCACAUUAUGACUGAACUAUAGGAGACAAGGAAUGUUUGGCAAGUCUUUGAUGCCUAAACCCUGUCCUGAACUGUGGUGAACUCUCGUGCAGACCUGCAGUGACUUUGAUGGUUAUUUCUUUUUGUUUUAUUUUCACCUUUUAAUUUAUAAUGCCAGAACAGCGCUGGUCAGCUGUGCGUGGUUCCCAUAGAGAUGACUUUGCACUAAGUUCUGUUCCUUGUAUCUCCAAGACAAAAAAAAAUGCACCCUAUGUGGUUUGGUUUUACUUUUUAUAGUUUUUUUUUGUCACACUGAGAAAAAAAUAAGCAGGGAGGAUGAGUGCAUAGACUCAGGGUGAGUGACAGCCUGUUACUUCCCAUGAUAGGUUCUCAUUGUUUUUUGUGAAUUUUUUUUGUUUGUUUUUUUGUUUUUUUUUUAAGAGAAGCUAGUUUCUGGUAGAUCUGGUAGCUUUGUUCACCCUUGGAGAUGUCAUUUUGAGGCUUUCACCGGAAAGUGUGGACUGGAAAUGAGUCACUGAACCAAGAUGCAUUGCCUGCUCAUUAUUUUCCUGUGACAAGCCAUGCAGAAGAAUGCUGUGUCCAUUUAGCAGAGCAUGAGCGCUGAUGAUUUCAGCGCUAAGGACCGAGGAGACAUGAGUUUGUGGGAAGAAAACUGACCAAACUGAGCCUAAUAGAUGGGACACUUAAUUCCAAGACUCUUUAAGUAGCUACUGUAACUGCUUUUGUUUUGUCAAUGUCUCAUUUAAGUCUCAACCUCCUUUUAUUUCCUUUUUAAUACCUGUGGCCUAAAUUGUUUAGCUUCAAUUUGAAUGCAAAAACCCCCUAAAUGUCAAACACAAAAACCAAAAUUAAAGAAAUGG